UUACAGGUAAGCAACAGAAGGUGCAGGGAAUUAACCCUUUGUUACCACUCAAACAGUGUACGACGUGGUUAAAGAGACUGAAAGUGAAAGCACGCUUGCACAAGAAGCAGCACAGAAUGGCACAAAGCGGAAAGCCCUCACAGGGAUCAGUGACUCUGAAGUCCCUAAAACGAGUUUUUUCACUGAAAAAAACCAGAGGAUGUGAAGCAGAAGAAACAGAUGACAUGGCUUCUAAUACCAGCCCGACCUCUCCUGACACACAAAAGUCACCUUCAACAGAAAAUGGAUUUAAGCUUGCAAAUAUCAGAAGACGUUUGGAGAAAACAUCUAUCUAUGAAUUGUUUACUUCUAAAGAGGAUGCUGAGACCUCUAACAAGUGUGACUUCACCUGUAAUUCUUUGCCUUCAACACCUUUAUCAGUAAUGGAGAUUAACAAUCUCAUUGAAACGAAAGACUUGAAAGAGGCCUAUCUAAAUAUACUUGCACUGCAGAAUGAGGUUCAGUGUGAGCAGAAAGAAGCUUCUUCUGUGAAACUAGACAAAAAAAAGACAGACCUGAAUCUGCUCUACAACAACCUGAAAAAUAAACUUACUGAAAUUGUCUGUCAAUCCUGUUCCAAGCCUUCCUGUGACAAAGAGCUAACGGUGCUGGUGGCUGGCAUUAUUGAGGACAAAGAAAAGAGAGAAGGAAAUGUAGAUGGGUUGGAGGGAUGGAGAGAUGUCUGGCAGAUUGCAAUACAGAAAGGGGUGAAAGAGACCCUCGGAAAGAUGAACAGUACUGAGCAAAAGGUUUCUUGUAUGAAAGAACACUUGGAACUUUUGGGUAAAAACAUUGUGGAGCUGCUGAGGAUGGUAAAAGAAGAGAUUUUGAAUUUGUAUCCACCAAGUUUUCCAGUGUUCAGAACCUAUGCUUCAUCUUGUCAUGAGUUUGUAGGUGAACACCUAAAAAUGCUCCUGGGAAGGAUAACUGAGCUGAAAGAUUAUAAUGCCAUGCUGGAUUUUGUUUUAAAUUGCUAUCAUAGUGAGAUGAUUCUUGGUAGUCCCUCUUUGCAGCCAGAGAUGAAAGAGCCAAAGUCAUUUACACUAUCUGUUGACUUGCUAGAACAGAUUAAGAAAGCAUAUUGCAACUGUCUGCAGGAAACUGUACAUGCUUUUUUAGGCAACAUCAUAAAAGCUGAACAGGAAGAAGUUUGGAAGAAAAAAGUAACACCUAAAAGAACAGAAGAUGGACUAUUCAUUAUCUCUGAAGUUAACACAGUUGUUUUUGAGUUAAUUAGGAAAUAUUCUGAUGAUUGUGCAAAUAUUGAUGAGAAUCUGGAAAAGAUGGCUAUAGGCAAAUGUAUGGAGACGCUGAGACAGUUUCCCAAAAGAUUUGUAGAGGAGUUUUCAAAGCAGUGCCAGCCCUUGUUGAACUCAGACUUACUGGACUGCUGCCUAUGGGCUGAAUAUCACAUUGCCUACAUCAACAGCUUUAGCUCUCUCAAAGAGAACAUAGAGGGCUAUAAAAACAAGUGCAGAGAGCAGGUGGAAGAACUUGUAUCGGAGCUGGAUGGACUCACUGACUGUCUAAGACAAGCUCUCCUGAAGCAAUUUAUGGUUGAAAUUGAGCCCUACCUGUUUGAUCUAAUGACCAGAAAUUGGCUUAACACAGACAAUGAUUUUAAUGAACUAGUUAACAGAAUAGAGACUUUCUCUGGAUACAAGAAGUUGAUGAGAAAAAUACCUGCACAAUCUUUUGCCAAUGAUGUGCAUUACUACGUAGUGAAAAAGUACAUAUCUGAACUACUGAAGAAUAAAUAUUCCUGUAAAGGCAAGAAGAAUGAAAUGGCUGCUGCUAAAAUCAAUGAGCAGUGGACUGAGCUUAAGAAGCUGUUCUGUGACAUGGGAUCAUCCUUAGACUGGCUUCACUCACUAGGAUAUAAGAUUAGUGAAAUAAUUGAACAGGAAGAUGAGAAAAAUAUGAAGAAAGUCUUAACAGCAUUGGUUGAAAAUUACCCAGAUAUAAGUAAAAAGCAACUAUCAGCUAUUCUAUACUUCAGAAACAGUGGUUUCAAGUUUGAAAGGUCACCAGCCAUUCAGUACUUUACUGAGCUUAAGCAGAAGAUAGAUAAAGAGAAAACAGGAAAAAAUCAGGAAAGUCACACCUUCUUCAGUGACAUCAAGUGAAACAGAAAUCAACCUGAUGCCCUCCUAGAAGUCCCUAAGCCCUGAUGACUUUAAUUAUUACAUCAGUUGUGUAAUGAAAACAGUUCAGCUUGGAUUAAAACACAGGUUUGGGGAAAUGUCAAUUCGUGGAAAAGACAAGUAUCAAUGUAGCAAAUGUAUUUCAUUAAAAAAAAAAAUUAAAAAAGAAAAACAUAAAAAAAAAAACUUGGUAGUAAAAGUAGUAUUAGAAAGCAGAGAGACUUUGCAGUCGUUGACAGUUUGUGUCGUGUGAAAAUAGGACAUAGCUUUCUAAUACUACUGUUACUACCAAUUCUUUUCUUUUCUUUUUAAUGAAAUACAUUUGCUACAUUGAUCAUAUCAUAUGCCCUCUAUGUCUUGCCUUCUUCUUAUAGUGCAUGCUGAGAGAGAAUUUCUUCC